AUGGAGAUUUUGAAGGAAAGGUAUGGACAACAGCACAAGUUACGCAACGCCUACAUGAAAGCCUUAUGGUGUCUGCCAUCACCAACGGAGACCAUUUCAUCUCUACAGACCUUCCACGACAAUGUCGAGACCUACGUACGGGGACUGCAGGCCAUCGGACGCCCAGAAUCACACGGGGAACUCCUGAUUCCCAUCAUCACCGAGAAACUACCCGAGGAACUUCUGAGGAAUAUUUCUAGGGAUCACGGUUCAGACAACUGGACACUGAAGGAGUUAUGUGAAGCAAUUCGUAAGGAGAUAUCGGCCAUGCGAGCAGGAAAGCGAGGGGAUAUAAGUUGUGUUAGUCAAUCUAAUUCAAGUGUGCAUGAUUACUCUGAUUUCAGCGCCCCCAGAACCGCAUCCGCCCAAGCACUUCUCACCAACGCUAGUGACGCGAAAUCGCAAUCUCGAAGGCCCUGUGUGUUUUGCAAGGGAAAUCACCGUGCGCUUGAUUGCCAAAGGGUUAAAGACCAUAAUACGCGCUUGGAUAUCGUUAAGAAAGAGCGCUUGGGUUGGAAUUGUUUCAGUAGCAAACACAUAUCCCGCCAUUGUGAGUCGCAUUUUAAAUGCCGCAUGUGUUCCGGAAAGCAUCACAUUACGCUUCACCACGCUACCCUUUUCGCUAAUCCGCCGACUCCAUCAAAAUUCGCUGAUAAGCCAGCCACUAACGCGAAACCCGCCAACCAAGUCCAUACAAACACCGUGGCAACACCAGAUGGUGCAGAGACCCUGAACUCAAUCCUCCUAAAAACCGCAUGUGUGAACAUAAAAUCCAAUCUAUCCUCCACUAGAACCAAUAUUCUAUUUGAUGAGGGCUCAACUAAAUCCUUCGUUACGUCAGAGUUGGCCGACCAGUUACAACUUAAGCCGGCUGGGGAGAUAACCGUUAACAUCGCAACCAUUGGUUCAGAACCAACCACUCAGAAAGUGAAAUACGCUGCUGUGAAACAACAAGCGGAUCUCACAUUAAAGUCAACGCAUUAA